AUGGCUCUCCGUGAUUCGGGGGUUGUGUUGUUUGGAAUAGACUUGCAGCCAGUUUACAGAAAUGUCAAGACUUGUCAGAUUACCUCACUGAAAACAGGAAACACAAUUGAUCAACGCAGUGGAGUGUCUUGUAAGCUUCCUCAAAUGUGCAUCGCCAACGAAAGUUCAGUUGAAGAGUUAGCACUGUUGAAGGGCCAAAUAGAGCUAACAAGUGCCCAUGGCUGCCAAUGUAUCGACCCUCAGUCUCGCUGCCAUAAACAGAGAAACAUACAGGUGUACCAUUGGGGAACUAAAUAUGAGAAGACUGUUGAUGUCGGUCGCUGUGUCGGCUCUUGUCACCAAAAAGGAAAGAAAUCUUGUCAACCGAUGGCCAGUAAAGUUGUGAAUGUCAAAGGUCCAAACGGUGCGCACUGCGUUGAAAAAGUUUUAGAGUGUGGCUGCGCGAGAAGUUGUUACCGUAUGUCAUUUCACCAGUUGUACAAGAAAACCAUAUAUGACGGAGAUGCUGGUUUAAACAAAACCCUGGAAGUGGUCAUUGAUAUCGGCCGAUGUGUUGGACAAUGUCCUAAGAAGAAGAAGGCGCGCUGUCUUCACUGGGUUGAUAAUCCUUUAUGGAGCCCAGGCUCUGCUGUUCCGUUUAAAGUGUGUCUGUUGUCGUCCCCAGCUGGACAGAAUAAAGCAGAAUGUCGCCCCAGGUCCUUUGAGGAUAGAGCCUUGUAUCCUAGCAACGGUGUCUCUAACACUGUUAAGGUCAUAAAACGCUGUAAAUGCUAUUAA